GUGGCCAACGGCCUGCAGAGCAACAUGCCUAAAUUUUAUUGUGACUACUGCGACACAUACCUCACCCAUGACUCUCCAUCUGUGAGAAAGACACACUGCAGUGGCAGGAAACACAAAGAGAAUGUGAAAGACUACUAUCAGAAAUGGAUGGAAGAGCAGGCUCAGAGCCUGAUGGACAAAACAACCGCUGCAUUUCAACAAGGAAAGAUACCUCCUACUCCAUUCUAUGCUCCUCCUCCUGCAGGGGCAAUGAUCCCACCUCCCCCCAGUCUCCCGGGUCCUCCUCGCCCUGGUAUGAUGCCAGCCCCCCAUAUGGGGGGCCCUCCCAUGAUGCCAAUGAUGGGCCCUCCUCCUCCCGGGAUGAUGCCAGUGGGACCUGGUUCUCAGCAUGGGCCUCCUGCUCAUAUUUCCUACAACUCCGAACAAACGCUUAGUGCUCCUGGAAUGAGGCCACCUAUGGGAGGCCAUAUGCCAAUGAUGCCUGGGCCCCAAUGAGGAGACCUCCUGCUC